UUCAGCCCGGUUAUCUCAGGGCUCCAGGAAGACUUGCUCAACCAGCAUUCUAUGGCAUUCGAGAUGAAAUGGAAGACCUCAAGCAACAACAGAACAACUCCACAAGUGGUCGCAAAAAUCGAGCAGUACAAGCGCGAUAAUCCUACGAUUUUUGCUUGGGAGAUCCGCGAAAGGCUUAUUAAUGAAGCUGUUUGUUCAACGCCACCGUCGGUAUCGUCGAUCAACCGAAUCCUGAGAACAAGGGCAGCUGAGCGAGCCGCCGAAGAAUUAACCAUGAUUUUGAAUGCUCAAAACCUCGCCAGUGCUUGUAAAGGAGUUGUACUGAGUCCAUCAUUUCCGUCCAUGCCAUUUCCGCUUGUCUCCGCCUAUUCAUCGAUGACUCCUCCUUCUCCCGCUGAAACUGUUCCGAUGAGUGAAGACGAUGGAAGUGUGCGCAGAUGUGGGCGAAGUAGUUUCUCACAAGGUGGGUUGUUGUUAAAGGAAUUACUUAACUUUACAGAGCAACUUGAGCUAUUGGAAUCCACGUUCGCUAUGGAACCCUAUCCAAGUGCAGCUCAACGGAUGGAAUUAGUGAAAAACACGCAGUUGCCAGAGGCCAGAAUUCAGGUAAGACAUCGCGGAAGAAUACUUUAUUUAAGGACACGGCUGAUGGAAACGCUAAGCGGGUGA